CAGUUUUAGUAACAAAGUGCUUUUUAAGAUAUACUAAGAACAAGGUUAAGGGUAAAUAAUUAGUAUAAUGAAAUUGAGAUUAAUUCGUGAUUAGGGUUUCGCUUAUUGAGGUAAAGAGAUAUGAAAUUACAUUUAUUGAGAAUUUAAAGCAGAGGAAGAAGUAAAAGCAUUUUUGUGAAGUUGCUAGAUCCUGGACCCGGUUACAAUCCCCAUUUUGUGGGGGUAUUAAGGACUGGUAUUUUCCUAAGAUGGAUUCCGACAAGAAAAAGUUACAGUCACCUGAUACAAGGAUGUUGGUUGUUUUUCUAUGAAUCCGAUUGAAGUUUGUGUUGAUAAUGGUUGAAUGCGUGAUGCAUACGAAAACCUUUAGGAGAGAGAGGAAUGUUGAUACCCAGAUUGAACGUGUAUGAUGCAGGGGAACUCAUCUUGCUCGCCAAGCUCGUCAAAACCGUAGAAUCCCUCCGCCGCUUCCACGCGCUCACGGUGACGUGCGGCCACUCAACCAACCUUUUCAUUGCUGCAAAGCUCAUCUCUCUCUACGAUUCUCUCCAAAAUGACCACGUUUCAUGUUCCACUCUCUUCUACUCUCUUCCCUCCAAAGACACCUUCGUCUACAACUCCUUCCUCAAAUCCCUCUUCUCCCGCUCCCUCUUCCCCCACGCUCUCACCCUCUUCUCACACAUGACACGCGCUUCCAACCUCUCUCCCAACCACUUCACUCUCCCCAUCGUUGUCUCCGCCUCUGCGCACCUCUCGCUCCUCCCCCACGGUGCCUCGCUCCAUGCCCUCGCCUUCAAAACCGGCCUCUUUCAUUCUUCCUCCGCCUCCUUCGUGUCGUUUUACUCGCGCUGUGGUGAGAUGGACCUUGCAUGCAAGGUGUUUGAUGAAAUUCCUGUUCAGGACGUAGCUGUUUGGACUGCACUUAUCAUCGGCCACGUCCAGAAUGGGGAGCCGGAGAAGGGUUUGAAGUGUCUACGUGACAUGCAUGAGGUUGGUGAGGAUUCUCAAAAGCCCAACGUUAGAACGUGGGAGGGUGGGUUUUUGGCGUGUGGAAAUCUGGGGGCUGCGAGAGAAGGCGCUUGCUUGCAUGGGGUGGUUAUCAAACACGGGGUUGCUUCUUUUGUACAAUCUUCCGUUUUGGCUAUGUAUUCCAAAUGUGGGGUCCUUCGAGAAGCGUAUCGAGCAUUUUUUGAGGCGACUCACAGAGAUCUUUUGUCUUGGACGUCCAUCAUCGGGGUUUGUGCGAGGUUUGGGAUGAUGGGGGAGUGUGUGAAGUUGUAUAGAGAAAUGCAGGAAAACGAAAUACGUCCAGAUGGGAUUGUUAUUGGUUGCAUGCUUUCGGGAUUCGGUAAUUCCAUGGACGUGACUCAAGGGAAAGCGUUUCAUGGAAUGAUUAUUAGGAGACAGUACGUUGAUGCUGAGGAAGUUAAUGAUUUGCUGUUGUUUAUGUACAGCAAGUUUGGAAUGUUGAGUUUGGCAGAGAGGAUUUUCCCAAUGUGUCGCAGGAGCGCAGAGGGCUGGAACUUUAUGGUUUUUGGGUAUGAUAGAAUGGGGGAGAGCGUGAAGUGUGUUGAGCUCUUCAGGGAGAUGCAAUGUAUAGGUAUUCGUUCUGAUUCAAUUGGGAUAGUUUCAGCUAUUAGCUCGUGUGCUCAGUUGGGAGCAGUUAAUUUGGGAAGGUCGAUUCAUUGCAACGUGAUAAAGGGUUUUCUGGAUAAUGACAUCACGGUCACCAACUCGCUCAUAGAGAUGUAUGGAAAAUGUAGUAGGAUGACCUAUGCAUCGAGAAUAUUUAACCGGUCUCAGAGAGAUGUUGUGUCGUGGAACACUUUGAUUUCGUCUCAUGUUCAUAUCAAGCAGCAUGAAGAGGCUGUAGAUUUAUUUGAUAAAAUGGUUAGAGAAGGACAGCAGCCCAAUACUGCCACACUUACGGUAGUACUUUCAGCAUGUUCUCACCUAGCAGCUCUAGAGAAAGGAGAAAGAGUUCACCGCUACAUACAAGAAAGUAGUUUUAGAGUCAAUUUACCUCUUGGCACAGCGCUGGUUGAUAUGUAUGCUAAAUGUGGUCAGCUGCAAAAGUCAAGAAUGGUAUUUGACUCUAUGAUGGAGAAGGAUGAAAUUUGCUGGAAUGCAAUGAUUUCAGGUUAUGGAAUGAAUGGAUAUGCAGAAUCUGCUUUGGAGAUAUUCCGACGUAUGGAGGAAUCAAACGUUAUGCCCAACGAAAUUACCUUCCUCUGUCUUCUCUCAGCAUGUGCCCAUGCAGGACUUGCUGAAGAAGGGAAGUACGUGUUCGCGAGAAUGCAGAGUUAUUCUUUGAGUCCCAAUUUAAAGCACUACACCUGUAUGGUGGAUCUUUUGGGAAGGUCAGGUAAUCUGCAGGAAGCAAAAGCUAUGGUCCUAUCUAUGCCUAUGUCUCCAGACAGCGGUGUCUGGGGAGCUUUGUUAGGUCAUUGUAAAACUUACAAUCAAGUAGAGAUGGGAAUAAGUAUUGCAACUUAUGCUAUUAACUCUGAACCAGAAAAUGACGGCUACUAUAUAUUGUUGGCCAAUUUGUAUAGCUCCAUUGGGAGGUGGGAAGAAGCAGAAAAUGUGAGAAGGGCAAUGAAAGAGAGGUGUUCAACGCCAAAGAAAGCUGGUUGGAGUCUGCUCUGAGCUGAAACUUUUCUUCCCUCUAAAAUUAAGAAUAUGUUUAAGAAAACCAUUGGACGUUUGCCAAGGGCCAACGUGCUUAAUCUUCUAAAGCUUGCUCAUUUAUAAGCCAUUCAUGAGCUUUGUCGUUGAGCAAUUGAGCUAAGGAAGCUGACAUAUUAUUGUCGUGCAAUACUUUCCGCAUUGUAUUUGACACUACACAAAACUAACCCUCUUGAUGGAGGCUUUAAUUCUGUAUAUCAGAAGAGUUCGUGCCUGAGCUAGCAGUGAGGCACGUGAGGGUUGGCGGGAGAGAAAGAAGAUCGAGUUUCCAUACAGGUCAUUAAACGUGCUUCUGAAACUCGAUUACCUUUUUUUUCACUUCUUUCUCAGAUAGUUAAACACGUGGCAGAAGCAUUGCUGAUUGGGGAAUAGCAAUGUGGUCAGCACUCCUAUUCUUGUACACAAGUUUGAUCUUUCAUCUCCAUCAGCCUGAGCAGAAAAAGGGUGUUCAAGAACCUUUCUUUCUUCACAAAUCUUCCAUCUUCAAGUAAGUCUCACCACAACAUAAGAAUUUGAACAAGAGAUCAGGAACAAGAACACAACAAUUCCACAGGGAAAGAAGGUAUGAGCGAUGAUUUUGGUUUGGUUUUAAGUAGAGAAAAGAUGUUUGCUAAAACAGAAUACGACGAAGGACGAGCGUUUCGUGCAAAGGUGGAGAGAUGACACUAAAGAAGGGGAGUGAACAGUGAAUGAAGAAGAUUCAGAGUGGAGUCAAAAAUGGAGAAGUGUGUAUCAUGGUGGGUGGACGUGGAGUCGAAAUGUAAAAUAAGCUUUGGAGGUGCAGGAGGCUAGGGUUUGCAAAAGAAGUUUGUGUCGUGCUGGGUGGGUGUGUGACUUUAUUAGGUCAGAGGAAAAAGCUAUUUUUUUUACCUAAAUUAAAAACAUUUUUAACCAAGGUUAGUUUUGGUAUUUUCUUGAAAAGUUGGAGGUGCAGAGAGCACUUUUGGAGGUGCAGGGAAAAACACCCCAAAUACUCUAAAUAAAUAUUCUUAAUGAGUAUGGUUGAUUAUACAUCCUACAUCGACAAAGGCAUGUAAUAAAUAUAGAUCAUGUGCAAAGCUAAAGAUGAAAAAACAAAUUUAUAAUAUAUAAAGAUGAAUGAUCUA